GAGAGUCCGUGCGUAAAAACUGGAUUUAUUUACCACACCACUGCAGAGCAUCGCCAGGAGCCUCGACAAGGAGGAAUUUUCUUGGAUGAAACACGAAACAAACAUCAAGGGGGUGAUCGGCCGAGAAUUCAGUUGUAUGGCACCUCAGUCGUGCGUAAUGAAUCCUGCGCAGGGAUAUCCACCCUCGGCUGCUCCGGGGGAGACCUUACCAGAGGACCGGACCAGCAGUACGGGGACUGACGAGCUGCCAAAACUCGGCGUAUCGCCCGUCAGAAGAUGCAAAACCAAAAGUUUAGAUCUGCCGUUCAGUGUGGAAUCCCUUAUUUCAGACAGGACGCCGGUCAGAAGUGUGUACUCCUCAGAGUCUGGGCUGGGCUGCGUCCGGCCGGAGGAGGCUGGUUGUCAGUCACCAAGGGGAGUUUACGCGCUGUCCGAGCGCUCCAAGCCAGAGGCAGUGGACCUCUGCGAUAAGGAGGCAAGCAGCUGGUUUCAGGCUCCGUACACUUCUUCGCCUCCAAGACUUCCCAGCCCAGCCCCAUGCGCUCUUCGGAAACACAAGAACAACAGAAAGCCCAGAACUCCCUUUACAACCUCUCAGCUGCUUUCUCUGGAGAGGAAGUUCCGUCAGAAACAAUACCUCUCCAUCGCGGAGAGAGCGGAGUUCUCCAGCUCCCUCAGCCUCACAGAGACCCAGGUCAAGAUCUGGUUUCAGAACCGCAGAGCCAAGGCCAAGAGACUACAGGAGGCCGAGCUGGAGAAACUCAAGCUGGCCGCAAAGCCACUGCUCCCGGCCUUCGCCUUCCCCUUCCCCCUGGGCGCACCCAUGGGCGCACCGUCCCUCUAUGGUGCGCUAAACGGACCGCGACCUGCCUUACCCGUCCCGGGACUAUUCAAUGGACCAUAUGGGAUGUACUACUUGUCUUAACGCUCACUAACUUUGAACUGCAUUUUCGGCGAGCGAUGCCUUGAAAAAAUAUGCCUUCAAAACUGC